GGUAAAUUUAUAUUUCAUCAUACACAUUUCUUUUGUCGAUAGCUGUAGUACAAGAUGUCUCGCUUUGUUGUUCUCGCUCUAUGUGCGCAGGCGCUUCUCAUCCAGACUGUGCUCAGCCAAAAAUGCGGUAGCCAAAUCUCCUACGGCAAAUCCGGGGGCAGCGGGGCUGGCUAUUCGUCCGCGUCGUACGGCGGCUCCGGCACCGGGCAGGUCGGCGUGUCCGGUGACAUCGGCGCGAGCGGCACCACCGCCGUCGUCGGCUCCGUGCCCGUGCUCGGCUCAGUCGAGUUCGGCGGCAAGGUGCCCGCGUCCGGCUCCGUGUCUAUCUCCGGACAGUGCGGAUGCGAUUGCAAAGCCUAACGAGUUUGUCUCAUUGGACCGCGGUUAAAACAGAAUAGUUUUAACCGCGGCAUCGAAAAGGUUUUCUCGUAACUUCGAAAGAACUGCCAACUUAUAUAAGAGCAAAUAGAUUACAUAUGAUGUA